UCGGUCAACAAGAGGACCGGAGGGACCGAGGAGGGCAUAGGGCAGCAUGUUUACACCUACUUACUGUCAUAAUUAGGUUCGACAAACCAUUUGCUCGCUUUACUCGAUUAUUUUUGGCCACACUGAGCUCGUCGGAGGGCCGUUGGCGAGAAUGUUGUUGUGUCGCACAGGCAGGCAGUCAGCAGCGGCUCUGGAUCACGCUUUCAAGUCGGGCUCGUUUCUGGUGCAAACAAACAGACCGAGGGACGUCACUCUGACAGCGCGCACGUUUCAGCGGUACCGGCUGUUGUGCACAUCUGUCGGUGGAGUCGAUCCAAGCCGUGCAUACCUGGAAAAACGGGAGCCGGCGCAGAACUGGGACGCGUCGUUUGGUUUUGUAACCACUGACUGGGGGCACUUAGACCGGGUGGCCACUGUGGCUGUGAAUCUCUCCAGAAGCGCGCAACGUGAAGGCGGUGAAUUUGAUACAAUCAGGCGGCAGCUCUCUUACGCAAAGAGGCGCCAUAACAGCAGAGGAGAGCCGGCGACGGGUAAUGUUUGGUCUACAGGUAGCUGGGAGGUUUCCAGGACCAUGCACACCAGAGCUUUAUCCACCAAGAGGAGCGACGAGGGACUGGCUGACAGCAACAAAGGGGAUGUGCAGACUUUGAAGGAGCCCUCUACUACCUCACCUACUGAGAAAAGCCCAGGAGACAUGGAGCCAGAAGGAGGAAAACCCACCAAGACACAGCAGCUCAAGAAAGUCUUCAAAGAGUAUGGAGCAGUGGGAGUUUCCUUUCACAUUGGGAUCUCCCUCAUGUCUCUGGGAAUGUUCUACCUCCUAAUAUCCAGUGGGAUUGAUAUGGCAGCCAUACUGUGCAAAGUGGGCUUCAGCGAGGCAGUGGUUCAGUCUAAAAUGGCAGCAGGAACCAGCACAUUCGUCCUGGCCUACGCCAUCCACAAGCUCUUCGCUCCUGUUCGCAUCAGCAUCACUCUGGUGUCUGUGCCUCUUAUUGUGCGUUACUUCAGAAAAACUGGACUCUUUAAACCGCCCACACCUACACCCUGAUGACCGUCUUCUACUCCUCUGCAGCCUCAUGAAGCCACAUACAUCCUGACUGGUCAUAAUUAAAAUGCCUGUACAUAUCCUUACUCAUCUGCUUUCUGCUAGAAACAUAAUUUCUUUUUACAUUUGUGAAUACAUGGGACAUUUCCCACAUUAGUUCCUGCUGUAACUGAAUCAAAUAUCUGAAACUGUGUUUCUGUGGGAUUCAAGUUUGAAGUAUUUAGCUCACCAAACACACGUGUAUUUGGGUCUGUGUCUUUAUUCCAAAAAAUAAAAAUAAAAAGCUGGAAUAGAUUAAAUAUUUAUUUACAAUCAGAGGAAUGAUCAGGGAUUUUAAGUUUUGGUCCUGAGCUCUUUCAGUAGACAGGUUUAUCUCCUUAUGCUGUGAGGGUUUCCCCAUGGGGAUAAGUGGGGAAAACGCUGAUCUCUCCUCCACUGUUCUCCGACAGCUGACUUGGCCAAGUUCUGGUGUUAUGUGAAUCAGCAGAAUAUUUAAUUUCUCUCUGUCUCCUGCCUCUCCACUCUUCUCUCUCUCUCUCUCUCUCUCUCUCUCUCUCUAUCCUGACUUCUUCUCCCCUAUCCAUUUCCUCUCCUUCAUUCUACUUCUUUUCUACCUUUUCCCUCAUGUUGCAAAUGUCACUAGCCAAGUAGUAACUGCAAGUAUGUUAAUCUUCGAGUGGAGCUGGUUUUAUUUUACCCCAAACUUUGAAUGAAGAAUGUUGAUUUUUGAGGUUUUCCUGAUUAAAUGGACUGUAUUUAACUAUUGAAAA